AUGAGGUUAUGGGGAUCGGAUCAUCGUCCGAUCCUUGCAGACAUACUCAUAAAGCCAAUAAAGAGAUCGAAAAAGUUUAAGUUUGAUAAAAGAUGGCUAGAUGAUGACGAGCUAAGGCAAGUUAUUCUUGAUGGAUGGAAAUCUCCUGAUUUUUUUCCUAAUGCGACUAUUAUGGAACAUAUUUCCAGCUGCAGAAAAGCCUUGAAUGAAUGGAGGAGACAACAUAAUGUGAACUCGGCCAAACUAGUGGAGGAGCUUAACGAAAAAGUUGAGGGACUAUAUGCUGAUGAUAACGCAACAACUGAGGAAAUUGCAGCAGCGUUGAAGGAUCUCUCUGAUGCUCUUAAAGCAGAAGAGUUAUUCUGGAAACAGAAGAGUCGGGUGUUUUGGCUGAGGGAAGGGGAUAAAAAUACAAAAUUUUUUCAUGCCUUAACAAAGCAAAGGAGAGCAAGGAAUAAGAUUACACAGCUCCUAGACGAGAAUGGAGCCAUGGUUGAGGACGAAGAAGGAUUAGUAGCCAUUGCUACUGGUUACUUUAGACAGAUCUUUGAAUCAUCGGAUCCAGAGGAUAUUGAAGACGCACUUUCUCAGGUUCCAGCGACGAUUACUGGAGAUAUGAACAACAACCUUACAGCUCCGGUCUCUGAGUGGGAGAUCAAACUAGCGCUCUUCGCUAUGCAUCCCGAAAAAGCCCCAGGUCCAGAUGGGAUGACUGCACUUUUCUAUCAGAAAUCCUGGGAUAUUAUAAAGGAGGAUUUAACUCUUAUGGUUAAUAAAUUCCUUUUCGAGGGGACGAUGGCGACUGGGCUGAAUGAUACAAAUAUAUGUCUUAUCCCGAAAACAACGAGGCCCAAUGAGAUGGCUCAGUUUAGACCCAUCAGCUUAUGUAACGUCAGUUACAAGAUAAUCUCUAAGGUCUUAUGCCAGCGAUUGAAGAGAGUGCUACCAGGAUUGAUAUCGGAGACUCAGUCAGCUUUUGUUGCUGGGAGACAGAUCUCAGAUAACAUUAUGAUUGCUCAGGAGAUGUUCCACGCUCUUAGAACUAAACCUAGUGGACGUAGUAAAAGGAUGGUUAUCAAGACAUAUAUGAGUAAGGCAUAUGAUCGGAUGGAAUGGUCCUUUAUUGAAGCUGUCAUGCGCAAAAUGGGGUUUUCAGAGAUAUGGAUUGCCUGGAUUAUGCGUUGUAUUACGUUGGUGAAAUAUAAGCGGAUUAAUGCGAGUACUAGACAACAGCUUAGAGAUGUGCUUGGAAUACAGAACGAAGGAGGAAUGAGAACUUACCUUGGUAUCCCGGAAGACAUAAGUGGAUCUAAGUGUAAACUUUUUGCAUUUCCGAAAGAUAAGUUGAUGCAUAGAGUGAAUGGAUGGACAGGCAGAUGGCUCUCAAAAGGUGGAAAGGAAGUGUUGAUUAAAUCCAUUUUGCUUGCUCUACCGACGGACGUUAUGUCUACUUUUCUGCUCCCACUGGAGAUUUGUGAAAACCUUGCCAGUGCCAUUGCACAGUUCUGGUGGAGUUCAAAUCCACCAAAAAGAGGGAUACACUGGGCGAAGUGGGAGAAAGUUUGUUUACCAAGAGAGGAGGGUGGAAUUGGUUUCCGUAUGAUCCAUGAGUUCAACCUGGCCCUGUUGGCGAAACAAUUAUGGAGGCUGCUGCAGAUCCCUGAUUCUCUGGUUGUACGGGUAUUGAAGGGAAGAUACUAUAGAUUGAGUUCUCCACUAAGAGUGGAUACUGCUACCAACCCAUCCUAUGUGUGGACGAGUAUUAUUGCAGCAAGGAAAUUGUUACUAUUAGGGAUCAGGCAGAAAAUACAUUCAGGAUAUGAAGUCAAGGUGUGGGAGGAUUCGUGGAUGCCAACGACCCCUGCGAGACCAGCUACCUCUAUAGCGCCAGUCAUACACCCUAAUAUGAGAGUCAGCGAUCUUAUUGAUCAAGUAUCGAAGGAGUGGAAUAUUGGUCUAUUGGAGAAUUAUGUCAUUCCUGAGGACAUACCUCUCAUAAGGAGUUUAGCCAUAAGCUCAACUCAUCGUCGAGAUACUUUCUGCUGGAACUACACAAAGAAUGGCCAAUACACGGUUAAAUCUGGUUAUUGGGUGGCACAGAAUGUAUUAAAACCAGCAGUAGAUAAAGUAGUUAUAGAGCCAAGCAUCACAAAGCUCCAAGCCUUUGCUUGGAAGACCUAUGCUGCUGCUUUGGUGGAGGCGGAGGCGGUGGAGAUGAUGGUGGUGGUGGAUGUGGAGGCGGCGGCUGCGGAGGUGGAGGCGGUUAAAAGAUGA